AUGCAAAAGAACGACGAUAAUCGAUUUAACUUCAAAACAGUUCACAAUUAUCAACAAGACGAUCUUAUACCUAUCUAUGAAGUAGAAGUGAUGGCAUUUUAAGACAAAGAGACUUUAGAUAACUCCAAUUCUUUCAAUGCCAAACUUUAAGUUAACAUCAAAAGCAGCACAAUAAUAUUAAAAAGAGCUGAUGAUCAACAGGUAAUUUUGGUAAACUUAUAAGUACUCAUGCUAAGCUACUAUGACUAAGAGCAAUUCAGUAUUCAUCUAACUACUUAACAAAAGCCGGACACCCUCCAGUACAAAUUUCAGUGCCGAGAUAUUGAGCAAACAUAUUAGUUACUUGAGGAGUUGCAGUAUUCAUGUACUCAAAUUUACCCUCAGUUUUCUUCAAGUUUUAAAAUUGGUAAACUCAUCAGCUAGGGUUCCUAGGCAUCUAUCUUUGAGUGUAAGAAAAAAGGCGACUCUGAGGAGUAGAAUUACAUUGUAAAACGUUAUGUCGUGAACAGUGACGAAACUAGAAAUUAGAUCAGAUAAGAAGUUUAAAUUCUUCGAAGACUCAGACCUUGCUAAAAUAUUUCUUAAAUCAGUGUAGUAUUCGAGGAAUAAUCAGAAUAUAGCAUCGUGAUGAAUCAUGCUCAGGAUGGAGAUUUAUUUUAAUUAGUCUAAGAAGGUUAAAGGUUUAGUGAGGCAGAAAUAAGGAUUUUGAUGUUGUAGUUGUUACUCACCCUCGAUUUCACACACAAGUCUGAUAUUAUACACCGUGAUCUUAAGCCAGAGAAUAUUUUACUCUUAAAUAGCAAAAAUCUAGAGAUAUAAAUUGCGGACUUCGGAGUUUCUUGUUUUGAUGAUGACUUAAAAUAAAAGCUAUAGAAAUUUGGCACACCCGGGUUCAUAGCUCCAGAGAUUAUAUAAGGCCUCGGAUUUAGUUACUAAACGGACAUAUUCAGCCUCGGAUGCUUGUUUUUCAUGCUAAUUUACGGAAAAAGCUUGUAUUAGGGCAUCAAUUUAUUGUAAAUACUAGAGAAAAACAAAACACAAGAUCCGAUCGAGAUUGUUAACGAGCAGGAAAAGAUAGUUUCAGACGAUUGCCUUGACUUACUGAGAAAAAUGCUUUAAUAGUCCCCAUUUGAAAGGCCUCUUCCGGAAUAGUGUCUUAUUCACGAAUGGUUUUCAAAUGAAAAAUAGGCCAUCGCCAGUUCUAUGAUCAAUAAUGUCAAGCAUGCUAAAUAAGCAUAUUAGGAAGUGGUUAGGUCUGAAGAUUUCCCUCUUCAAAAAGAUAAGUUAAAACAUCUCAACUUUUUCCAUAUCAUCAAAUAAGAGUAACUCAAAAAGCAUAUGAAAGAAAGAGCCACUACUUUGAAUGAGUAGUAAAGCCUAUUUAAGACUUUGAAUGAUUAGAAUAUAUCAUAAAAUAUGACUCCUAAACAAAGCCUAAUCGGAUCUGCCAACUUAAUCAAUAAAUACUCGAGCCUGAGGAAAUAGAUAGACAUAUUAAACUUAAAGUCUGAAAAUUUUGAUAAGAUUUUUAAUGUAGACUAAACUUAAUUCGAGGAGAAUUUAAAUAAUUCUGAGGAAUAAAAACAAUAGGAUGACAAAACAAUGGCAACUAUUAAUAAAGUCGUCAAAUAUAGACAAUUUAUAGACUGA